AUCCUCAACGAAGACGGCUAACAUCCAAGCUGAGCCAAGAGCUUUCGGGUUUUUAGACCGGGUGCGUGGGCGGUGCCAUACGGCGAUACUAGCUCCGAAGCAUGUACUCCGGCUCAACCCUGACGCUCAGAACCACCCGGCACCUUCUCCUCCUCCUCCAUUCUCCAAUGCUCCCACGCCACCGCUGCUUAUCUUGGCCUUCCUCCGCUGUUUCCAACCUCGCUGCUGUUCCUUCUCUGAGCGGUUCCUCCCUCCUCUUUCCCCUCCAAAAGCCCUCCUUCUUCCCUCGCUUCUGUUCCGCUGCCUCUCACGAUAAUGCCGCGGAGACGCAGCAGCACGGUGGAGAUUCCUCGAAAACGAGCAUCUUAAAAUCUGGUUUAUACCUUGUAGCGACACCAAUUGGAAAUCUCGAAGAUAUCACAUUGCGGGCAUUGCGUGUCCUUAAAUCUGCAAAUGUGAUACUUACAGAAGAUACAAGACAUUCUAGGAAAUUGCUUCAGUACUACAAUAUCAAGACACCUCUACUUAGCUACCACAAGUUUAAUGAGUCUGAACGUGAAACUACAAUUCUAAAGCGGCUUCAACAUGGGGAUAUUGUUGCAUUAAUUAGUGAUGCUGGUACUCCAUGUGUCAGUGAUCCAGGCUUUGAACUAGCAAAGUUAUGUGCGAGGCAGAAUAUCCCUGUUAUUCCUAUUCCUGGGCCAUCUGCUUUGCUUGCUGCUAUAUCGGCAUCUGGGUUACCUACUAAUGAAUUCACAUUUGUUGGCUUUCUACCUAAACACACUGGAUCAAGGAGAGAAAGACUCAUGGUUUCAGCCAAUGAGACAGCCACACAGAUAUUCUUUGUUCCUCCCCACAAGCUUCAUCAAUUUCUUGAUGAAGCUUCUUCAGUCUUUGGCAAUUCAAGUUUUGGCGAGGUACUUUAGGGGAAGCAAGUAAAAUAUUUUCUACACAACAGCCAAGGGGAGAAAUCACACUCUUAAUCGAAGGAAAAGCGAAGUCAGUUGCUGAAGUUCCAUCUGAUGAUCAACUUGAGCUGGAGCUGCGAGAACUAAUCUCCAACGGCCACAGUAUUUCCACGGCAGUGAAAUUGGUGGCUGAAGGAACAUCGGCAAAAAGAAAACACAUAUAUGCGCUUGCACUGAGGUUAUGUGGAAAGCAAAUGGAAGCUAAGGAAUAUCCGGAUUAGUCUCGUUUACCUUAUCUCAAAGGAAAGAAAAAUAAGAGAUUGUUACUACCAUUCAGAAAAUAGAACGGAGAAUUACCAGGGAUGAGAAUGCUCCUUUGUGUCAGAAUCUGAUGCUAUGCAAAACUGGAGGAUUUUAGAUCCACAGAGAUGGAAUAGAAUUGCAGGCCUACAAGGGCUUGUAACUUCUGGCUCCAUUUUCAGAGGUUUCAAAACUCUUUCCUUGUAUAUGUAACUUCCCUAGGCAGUCUUUGUUCCAUUUCAGGUAAUGAGAUGACUGAAAAGGUGUGUGAGCCCUUUCUAUGGGCUAAAUAACCUCUACGAUCCAGCGAUCGUCAGCAUACAAGGAAGUAAUUUAUGAAGGUUAUGCACAAUGAUUCUGUUUAUUACCCAACUGGGUAAAUUGAUAAAGAACUAAAGCAAAAUUCUUGACAAAA